AUGUCCCUCGCUCGAGUCUCUUCCAUCGACGGUUUUGAGCGUCAUGAUAAUGAAUCCAACGUCUCUUCAAUAAGACGGCUCAGCUUCAGCCCAAUGGGAGACCCCAAUAGUCCUCGACCACCUUCCGACAGAAAACCGAGCGUUGUUCCAACUCUCCAAUUCCUCGAAGUGCCAAAGGCAAAGAGGAUUCUUCAAGUCGUGCUUGCAAUCAUCUACUGUCUGUUCGCAGCUGGCAUUGUCUUUGGCUAUGCUGCUAUCAAGCCCGUUCUCAUCGAUGAAGGCGUCUACAAGAAUUACUGCACAGAGGAAGAGCUGAAGCAGGGCACAAGACCAUGUUACCAACAGGAGAUUCGGCUGAACUUGAUGUUCACCGUUGCUGCUGUUUCUACGAAUGUAGCAGCCCUACCAAUUGGGACUGUCCUUGACACCUAUGGGCCACGUGUCUGUGGUAUCAUCGGCAGUGUCUUGUUAACUAUCGGUGCCCUCCUCUUCAGUUUCGCUCCUCGACUGCCUGGCGAUGCCUACAUCCCAGGCUACCUCUUCCUAGCACUCGGCGGUCCCUUCAUUUUCAUCUCCUCUUUUCAGCUGUCCAACACCUUCCCUCAGCGAUCUGGUUUGAUCUUAGCUCUGCUGACUGGUGCCUUUGAUUCGUCCUCCGCCCUCUUCCUUAUCUUUCGACUGAUUUACGAGGCCACCGAUGGCAAGCUUAACACAGAAAAGUUGUUUCUCAUCUAUCUGGUCGUUCCACUGUUCAUUCUGAUUGUCCAGCUCUUUGUCAUGCCAAUAGAGUCUUACAAAUCAGUCAGCGAGGUCAUUGAGGAAGUAGAACACGAGGCAGUGGUGCCUACACCACCCGAGUACAAUGAAGAAGAACGCGAAAUUGUACGGGAGAGGAGGGACAGCAUAGCGACCGAAGUCCAGUCACUUCUCGACAAAGGUUCGAACAGGAAGCGUGAGGCACGUGAAGACAAGAAGAACAGUAGAAGUGGUGUAUGGGGAGCACUACAUGGUCGCACAGCAUGGGAACAGAUGAAGACCUGGUGGUUCGUCCUGAUCACAUUGUUCACCGUCGUGCAAAUGACUCGCAUCAACUAUUUUGUCGCUACUAUUCGCUCCCAAGAAAGGUGGCUUCUUGGCUCGGAGAAAAGAGCAAAGGUCGUCAACGACUUUUUCGACGUUGCUUUACCGCUCGGUGGUGUUCUUUCGAUCCCCUUCAUCGGCACCAUCCUGGAUAAUACAUCAACACCGUUCGCCUUGGGCACUUUGGUGUUCUUCGCCACUAUCAUUGGCAUUCUUGGUUGUUUACCUUACAUGUGGGCUGCCAUCGGUAACGUAUGCCUCUUUGUGGUGUAUCGCCCAUUCUACUAUACCGCAGUGUCGGACUACUCUGCCAAAGUAUUUGGCUUCCAGACGUUCGGAAAGGUUUAUGGCCUCAUUAUUUGCUUAGCUGGGCUGUUCAACUUUCUGCAGAGCCCGCUGGACGCUUUGACUCACGUUGCGUUUGAUCUAAACCCAAUCCCUAUCAAUUUAGUACUGCUAGGUCUAGCAGUUCUUGUUGGCACGUCUUUGGUUACGUACACGGCUCUCAAAAGUAGGAAUAUGAAAAGAGAUCAUCUGGAGCAGGAAGCUGAAGACGCGACGGAGAGUCAGAUACCUAGUGUCAACGCAAACUCAUAUGGAACUCAACAGUAG